AUUUUCCAUGUAGAUUGGUGAGUAUGUACCUUCCAGAGGGCGGAUAUAAAGUCACAUGACCUAGAGUAUGAUAAUGUAACAUACAGGUACAAACCUGGAAGUACGCUAGAAGAAACAGCGCGGGUGCAACAUGAUUAAACCAUUAACUACUUUGUACUGCGAUAUCCUAAGCCAGGAAUUCUGCUACUGAUUACCAUACCCAGAAGACUCAGUGUAAGACACUACUAUCAUCUCCUGGAAUUAUCGUGAAUUCCCUUAUUACAUUUAUCUGAGGAAGCCUUCAUCCCUUUACGAAGUACAAGCAAUAUAAUGAAACCAGGCAAAAAUCAGCUAAGGAGGGCAAGGAAAAAGGCUCAGAAAAGUGCUACAGAGCCCAGUCAUGACACACCUAAUGCAAAGUCUGAACACGAUGAAGCGCAUGUUUCUCCCAAUUCAAGCAUUGAGCCACAGUCAAUUCCGCCCCCAGACCCCAGUGAUCCUCUAUGGCAGAUGUACCAAGAAAUUGCCAGCAAAUUUGAUGAAGCCGAAGAUGGACCGACGUUGAAAGAGCCUGAAAAACCAGAAGUAUAUUUUGACGACGACGAUGAAAUACCAGAUGAAGAAGGCGAACCAAAACUAUCAAAGAGAAAGCGCAAAGAGCUGAACAAGCUUUCUGUUGCUGAGCUCAAAGCUAUGGUCCGAAAGCCAGAGAUAGUUGAGUGGACGGACACAUCAGCCCCUGAUCCGCGGCUCUUGGUUCACAUCAAAGCUCAUCGAAAUGUUGUCCCUGUUCCUCCUCACUGGUCCUUGAAGCGAGAAUACUUGUCGUCGAAAAGGGGAGUUGAAAAGGCACCAUUUUCUCUGCCCAAAUUCAUCCAAGAGACUGGAAUUUCAGAAAUGCGUGAUGCUGCUCUAGAGAAGCAAGAGCAAGCGACGCUGAAGCAGAAACAAAGAGAGAGAGUUCAGCCUAAAAUGGGAAGGUUGGACAUCGAUUAUCAAAAGCUAUAUGAGGCGUUUUUCCGCUUUCAAACAAAACCUGAACUCACUCGCUAUGGUGAGGUCUACUACGAAGGAAAAGAAUAUGAAACCAACCUCAGACAUUUGCGUCCGGGCGAGCUAAGCCACGAACUCAAAGAAGCACUCAAUAUGCCACCUGGUGCGCCGCCCCCAUGGCUAAUAAAUCAACAGCGGUAUGGACCCCCUCCGUCCUACCCAGCUUUGAAAAUUCCGGGUCUGAAUGCACCCCCGCCUCCUGGAGCCAUGUGGGGGUAUCAUCCUGGCGGAUAUGGGAAACCUCCUGUGGAUGAGCACAAUAGACCUCUCUACGGUGGUGAUAUUUUUGGUAUAUUGCAACCGCAGCAAAAUGUCCAGCAAGGCGAGCCUGUUGAAAGAGACCUUUGGGGCGAAUUGCAGGCACCGGAAGAUUCCGACGAAGAUAGCGAGGAAGAUGAUGAAGAUGAGGAAGAGAUAGAUGAACAGGAUGAGGAGGCGGGAACUCAGACGCCCAGUGGCCUGGAAACACCAAGUGGCAUAGCAUCCGCUGCUCCAUCUGAACUCACGGGAGAGGGAGUUACAGGGGAAUUCGACGUGAGGAAACCUCAUCGUGGGACUCAAUCUGAGGAGCCUACACACCCCAGAAAUGCUUUCCAGGUCAUUCCUGAGCGACAGACCCAAGUCCAGGGAUUCUUUGGGGGUGACAGAGCAUAUGACUUGAACACAUCCUCACAUAAUCUCCCUCUGCUAGGGGCUGAGGAACAAAACCGGAAACGCAAAAAGCCUGGCGAUGUUGAUGUGUCCGUGGACCCAGAUUCACUGCAAGCCAGUGAUGGGAUUAGCAAAGAAGGCUUACAGGAUCUGUACGAAUCCCAAAGGAAGCAAGAAACCAACCCGAAUUGGGAGUUCCAGGAGGAUCUUAGUGAUAUGAUUGCACAUGAAAGCCGAAAAAGAUUUAGGAAGGAAGAGGAAAGAAGAAAUAAACAUUGAAUGUUAUUCACUAUCAAAAUGAAGUUUCUGGCUUGGGUUGUUGAUAUGUCGGGUAACAGCCAGAUAGGUAAUAGCUAGAUAGAUCAUUUAGUUUAAAUUUUGUAUAAGAUCUCGCUUUUCGCUUGGAUAUUUUAUUUAUGAGGGCUGAAAUGUGCUGGAGUAUAGCAUGAUAAAACCCUUUCUCUCAUUAGAUAUGUUGUGCUGUUGUUCAUAUAAAGGUGUAUCAUUCACAUGCAACUUCUGGCUGGUCACGUG